AUGAAGCGGAAAAGUCUCGAGCAUACACAAACGACGACGACGACGACGACGGUUCAAGCUCACGAAGAUUAUGAUGGUGGUUUAACCGAGUUGCAAAAAAGCAUCAUACGCGAGCAACAACAACAACAACAACACGAAGUCCCACCGUGGUACGUGGAAGAGGAACAGAUGUUUUUACAGCAAGAAGACGCGUAUUUCGAAAACCAACGACGACUCGAGAAUUCAAGACCAAAGCUGGCGGUUAUCAUAUGCGACGACAACGAAGUCAACUUGAAAAUUUUAACUCGAUUGUUUUCGAAAGUGUUCUUUCGGGAAGUGAAAGUCAUCCAGUGCAGAGAUGGGUUGGAAGCGAUCGAAGCGUAUAAGAGUAUGAAUGCUAAUGCUGAUAAUAGUCACGACAGACUGGCAAUGAUCGUGAUGGAUUUUCAAAUGCCAAAGUGCGACGGGUUAUCGGCGUGUAAGUAUAUUCGAGCCAUGGAAAAAUUCAAGCAGGAGGAAGAAAACGCGAUGAUGAAUCAACCGAAACGGCUGCCUUUUGAACAAAAGUAUUUCGAAAAAGUUCCGAUUUUGAUGUUCACAACUGAGUUUCACAUGAUUGUACCUGCGUUAAUCGAAGGCAUCGUCGACGAUCGAUUGGCGAAACCGUGUUCGUGUAAAGAUUUCAUUCUCACCGUGCAUAAACACAUACCAAAUUUUAUUUUCGACGAGUACGCGGAUAUGCUCGUUCCGUUAGGGGAGAACGCCCUUUUGAAACGAAAGUAUUCCUCGGAAGCGUGUUUGAGCGGGAUGCUGUUGGAGGGGUCUUCGAACCUGGAUAUUGACGUCUCGGCAAUGUCGACAGACAACGGCGUCUUAGAGCAAACGAAACGAAAAGGAAGCGGUAGCAGCAACAACAAAAAUACGAAAAAUACCGGGAAGGAAGACGUGUGCUUCUACGACGUCGCCGAAGGCGACAUAUUCGCAGAAGAGGAUGACGAUGAUGACAACGACAAUGAUGACGAUAUUCAGCAUAAGCAAAACAUGGAAGAGGCGAAAAAAAACGCGCGUUGGAAUUUAUUCUCUUUCAGCCCGAAGAGAAAAGGAAGGAAAGUACAAACGAAGGAGAAGACAGAAGAUGAUGUGAGAGUUGAUGGAAAUAAUACUACCUACAAAAGAAUGAAGCGGCAGCGAGGGAAUAAUAAUAGCACCAUCAUUCCGAGCUCUGGUUUCACGGGCGGCAAGAAGCGACUAUCGCUCGAUUCCUACAUUCGCGCCGCUCGGAAAGUAUGGACGCAAACCAAGUCGCGCUUAGGCGGCAUCAAUAAUCGUAGCAACGGCAAAGAGAAACAAACGCGCGCGUUUGUGGUGGUCAAAAACAACGCUGCGACGCCUGAACUCUCCACGUUGGACUUGACGAAGCGCGAUAAUUUACAAUAUUAUCAGCCUUCCCGCAGAAACGGUACCGCGUGUAUAUACGAUACCAUGUAA